AUGGAGUCAUCUGAGGAACCAACUUUCGCCAGGGAGCCCACAUGCAGACGGAGAUACUCAUCAGCACAUCAGGCUGAAGGCCUGCCAGUGCUGCCUGCGGACGUUCUGCGGAAGAUAUUGGAACUGGUGGGGGUGGAGUGGCGUGGCCGGCGAGUGCAGGCGGCAAAAGAGGAGGUGCGCGAGUGGACGCAGUACUGCCUUGUCUCCCGGGAGUGGCGCGCAGCCUUCCAGGACCUGCCCCUCUGCAUCGAGUUUGACGAGGCGCCGUCCCGGCGGCAGGUGCAGUGGCUGCGGACGACUAAUGCCCCCAUACGCCGCGUCACCUUCCUGCCAGCCGCCAUGCCCUGCCGCAGCACGGUCUCAGCGUUAGUCACCCGCGCAUGUGACUCCAUUCGCCUCGCUCCCCUGCACACCGACCACGCCGCGGGGGGCGUUCCUGCGCGCAGCAUUGGCGCCGCUGCGUGA